AUUAAAGAGUUAGAAAAGAAAAUUAAGGAGUAUGAAUAUUUUUUAGAAGUAAAAGGAGUUAAUAUAGUUUAUGAGAUGAUGAUAAGUUAUAAAAAUAGCAUAAAGAAAAAAGAGAAUCAAUUAGAUCAUGUACAAAAAAAAUUUAAUAGGUAUAAAGUUUAUCAAAAGAGAGAAAAGAAGAAAUUAAGAGAUAGAAUAGAAGAGUUAGAAGAUGAAAUUUGUAGAAUACAAUUAGGAUUGUUGUAA